GUACGGUUUUAUAUUUCUUUGAAUGUUCUUCGUUUAUACUAUACCAACUGGAACGAGACAAUAGAAUAAAAAGGUAACACAAAAAAAAUUUCAAUACAUAUAGUAGGACACGAUUUAACUACUACGCCAAUAUCAGUGUCAAUACGUGGUUUCUACUUGUAGUUCGCUUCGAGCGAAAGCAAUUCAACCUUUCUAAUAGUGUGGAACGAAACAAUGGACAUGAGCCUACAGGUCUCCGGAAGUUCCAGUCCGGAGACCUGUACAUUUAAAUUGAGCAUUAAAUCAUACGCAGAGGAACGACCUUUAGAAAUCUGUAACUAUGAGGAUGUGUUUCAAUUGAAAGUAAAAGAAACCGUAUUCCAUGUUCAUCGUCAGGUGCUGGAAGCUGCUUCAGGUUAUUUUAAAGGUCUUUGCAAUAGUAAAAAUACUACAGAAGGCAGGAAUCAGGAGGUCAAAUUAAAUGAUGUCGAUGUGGAAGUCUUAAAGACUCUAAUUCAUUUUAUGUACACUGGUAACGUGAAAAUUACGGAAGAAAAUGUCUGGGGUCUUCUGCAAUGGUCGGAUUACUUUGGUAUAGAUGGAAUGAAAAAUAAUGUGGUUGACUUCAUCACGAAUAAUAUUACUUGUGAAAAUGUCACAUUAUUUCGCGAGCAAGGGGUGCACUAUGCUGUCGGUUUAGUAACCGCUUGUGACCGAUUUAUUGGCCGCAACUUCUCGGAUCCAGUAUUCCAAUCCCUCAGCUAUGAUCGUGUAAAAGAAGUGUUAGAUAUAAAAUUAAACAGCGAAAGUGAAAUUGAGGAUUGCACUGCAGCCAUUGAAACUUGGGUAAACUUUUGUUGGGAAACAAGAAAAACUUAUAUUCCAGAGCUUAUUAAAUUUCUGACAGAUAACGCUUUCGGAGCAGAGAACCUAAAGUAUAAUACAGAAGAAGGUCGACUUAAAAUUGAGUUUAAAAAUGUUGGUGAUUCUCGUGUCACUCGUGUAACAAAAACAUUGUGUGGUGAACCGCUGCCAGAAUGGUCGAACAUCGAGGAGUCGCAGCGAUAAAAACACUUGAUUUUUAACUUCAUUUAAUGCACUUGAUUUUUAACUUCAUUUAAUGCACUUGAUUUUUAACUUCAUUUAAUGCACUUGACUUUUCAACUUAACAGUACGGUGAAGAGGGGACACCUUUAGCACAUAAUAUCUAAACAACUUGAUCGUGUUUUAAACAAUUAACAACGGUCUAUGGGUGUCAAAGGGAAUACGAUUUUAUAAUUCUUUGAGUUUUCUUUGUUUACUACCAAAAGACACGAAAAACAGUAUAAAAAGUGUCUUAUCUCCUCCAGCCUACUAU